CAUGCAUCGAUCACUAGCUGCUGCCAUGGAUUUGCCUACAUACAUGUAGAACGUUCUCAUCAUGACCACGUUCCAUGGCUUCCUGUUUGUGGUUUUGCCGACGAGCCCGCCAAGCCCGUUAUCCCUAGCUCUAAGUAGGAGCUGGUACCAUAACCUUUUCGAGGCAUUGGAUUUUGGAUGAUCCUCCAUCCUGUCCCCCAUCGACCCUCGAUCAUCAAACUCAGAGAUCUGCUGUGCGGUGGUAACCUUUCAUACCCCUUCCAUAGCUAUUGAUAUUUGCUGUAUAGAUAGAUACCUAUCCAAUGUUACGUUCGACAACAUUGGUCAGUGCAUCAUCUGCUCGCCUGCUUCGGCAGCUGGCAAUAGCAGGGGGAUCCCUAUCCGAUCUUUCUACCACAAGUCCUGCUACCAGUAGUACUGCUUUGUACUGUUUCUUUUCGAGCAACGCUCCAGCCAAGGUAGCAUUUCCGUCGAAUUUGAAAGUGGAUCCUCGUUCGUCUUUUGCGCCCAAACGAGCUACCAUGGAUUUGGAUAUUGAUGAUGAUGAUACUGAUGAUGACUUGACGGAUGACGAAGCGGAUAAAGCAGCAGCCCAAGAAGAAGACAGUGAUCAAGAUGACGACUAUGAAGAAGAAGACGAAUUGGACGAUUGGUUUUUUGAACCAGCCACUCCCACUCGUGUGAUUCCUCUACCAGACCGUCUUCAGGUACCAGUCUACAAUUUUGGUCUACCUGAUCAUGAAACUGACAAUAAUGAAAAUGACGACGAUGCUACCCAACAGUUGGAAGAACCCGAACAAGUCGGAACCCUGUGGUUGAAUCCUACGGUUUUUGGCGUGGAUCCCAUUCGUAUUGAUUUACUGAAACGAGCCGUGGAUUAUCAUCGGUCCAAAAAACGCGGUCGACGCAAAGCACAUACCAAGAAAAUUGGAGACAUUCGUGGCAGUGGACGCAAAAUCCGACCGCAAAAGGGACAAGGCAUGGCGCGACAGGGACACAAAAAGGCACCGCAUAUGCGAGGAGGUGCCAAGGCACAUGGUCCUACCAACAUGACCAAUUACGGAAAUACCAAACUCAACAAGAAAGUCCGACGAAAAGCCAUUCAAAACGUAUUGUCGCAAAAACUCAAGGAAGGAAAUUUGAUUCUCGUCAAUCAAUUUCAUACGCUACCCACCCACAAAACCAAAUAUCUUGCCGAAUGCCUUCAGCCCUUUGGAAUUGCCGGACGACACGGAACGACUGCCUUGAUGAUUGAUUCCUAUCAUCCCUCUGACGAAAACACGCAGGAAAAUGAAUUUGUGGCCACGUCCUAUCAAGGAGUGCCCAUCAAUCUACGUGUUGCAUCGGCCAAUCUACACAAAUUGAACGUCGGAAAUCAGUUGCGAAAUAUCAAUGUCUACGAUGUACUCAAACAUGAAAAACUCGUGCUGACACUGGAAGCCGUGACGGAUUUAGAGGAACGAUUGAAUGAUGAUUGAUAUUUGGAUUGGGUUGGAUGGAUACCGGUACUACUACAUAGCGUAAAUUGAAGAUGAAUGGAGGUUUGUUGGCUCUACUGUUCUCACUUAGUAGUAUGUGCCGUAGUGGCACCGUUGGCGGAUUGGAUGGAUGAAUUGGAUACGGUAGAGUAACAAUUGUAGUAUCAUGAUAGGUUUGGCGGC